GCUGCGCACAGCUCGCCGCGCUCCCCGCCUCCCGGGAACCACAAGGAGACGAGGAAGUGCUGGGAUUUAAAACGAAAAGAAGAAAAGUGCUGGGGAAAAAACAAAACAAACAAACAGAACAACAACAACAACAACCAAAAAAAAACAAAACAAAACAAAAUCAUAAAAGAAUCAAUCUGAAAAAAUCAUGCAGUAGAGAAGCGGUGCGGGAACCAUGGAGUUUGCCAGAAGUUUGGUGCUGAUUGUGACGUUUCUGACAGGGAUUGCGGGCGCUCGCGGCAGAGAAGUGUGCACGGGCACUCUUAUGAAGCUGGCUCUGCCCUCCAAUCUGCAGAAUCAGUAUGAGAUUCUGAAGAAGCUCUACACUGGCUGCCAGGUGGUACAGGGAAACCUGGAGAUCACUCACCUGCAGGGGGCGCUCGACCUGGACUUCCUCAAGGGUAUCACGGAGGUGCAGGGCUAUGUUCUCAUCGCCGACACGGCCGUCGAUUUCAUUCCUCUGGAGAAUCUCCGCAUCAUCCGUGGCACUCAGCUCUACCAGGACACCUUCGCCCUGGCAGUGCUGAACAACAGGGGGCUGCAGGAGCUCCGCAUGAAGAGCCUGACGUCCUUUCGAGGCUGGGACCCCUCACUCCCCUCAUCCCCCACUCCCCCAUCCCAUCAUCACUCCCUGGGGGUACCCCCCAUUCCCUCACCCAGGGGGAGGGGGGACAGAUAA